GAAGGUGGAGAGAGAUGGCACAAAUAUUGCUUCAUGGAACACUUCAUGUGACAAUCUUUGAAGUAGACAAACUCAAGACCAAUCUUCUCCACAAGAAGGGGAACGGCAAUUUUGCCAAAUGGAUCGUAGACGGACUAGAGCAUAUUGUGGGGUUAAAGAACAACGCUGCAAGCCUUUAUGCAACUAUAGACUUGGAAAAGGCUCGAGUGGGCCGAACCCGGAUGCUGGAACACGACUCGAACCCACGAUGGUAUGAGUCGUUCCAUAUUUACUGUGCCCACAUGGCUUCAAAAGUUGUCUUCACUAUCAAAGAAGACGACCCAAUAGGUGCAACCGUAUUGGGUCGUGCCUAUAUUCCGGUUCCAAGACUCUUGAACCAAGAAGUUAUCGACGAAUGGCUCGAAAUCGUCGAUGAUCGUGGUAAGAAGGUACACGGGCAUCCAAAAGUCCACGUUAAGGUCCAAUUUUUUGAAGUCGUUCAAGAAUGCCAGUGGUCUCGAGGUAUACAGAGCGAAAAGUUUCCCGGGGUUCCGUUUACGUUUUUCCCGCAAAGAAACGGGUGUAAAGUUACACUUUAUCAGGACGCACACCUACCUGGAAAUUUCACCCCGAGAAUACCACUAUGUGGAGGCAAGUAUUAUGAACCUCACGGAUGCUGGGAGGACAUAUUUGAUGCCAUUUCGAACGCGAAACACUUGAUUUACAUAACCGGAUGGUCGGUUUACACUGAAAUCACUUUGAUCAGGGAUUUGAGGAGGCCGAAGCCCGGUGGGGAUAUAACGCUUGGUGAGUUGCUUAAGAAAAAGGCUAGUGAAGGUGUUCGGGUGCUAAUGCUCGUUUGGGAUGAUAUGACUUCGGGUGGUUUGUUUAAGAACGGGUUCAUGGCGACCCACGAUGAGGACACAGGAAACUACUUCCGUGGAUCGGAAGUCAACUGUGUCCUAUGUCCUCGUAACCCUGAUGACGGAAGGAGUCUCAUCCAAAAUAUCCAGAUCUCGGCGAUGAUGACUCAUCACCAAAAGAUUGUGGUUGUCGAUAGCGGGUUGCCAAAUGGCAACAACGAGAAACGACGAAUUGUCAGUUUCAUAGGCGGAAUCGAUCUUUGCAAUGGAAGAUAUGACACCCCGUUCCAUUCUCUUUUCCGAACGCUCGAUACUGUCCACCACGACGAUUUCCACCAACCAAACUUCACGAAUUCGUCAGUUAAGAAAGGCGGACCUCGGGAGCCGUGGCAUGACAUCCAUUGCAAGCUCGAAGGUCCAAUCGCGUGGGACGUGUUGUUCAAUUUCGAGCAACGUUGGUUGAAGCAAGGGGGGAAGGAUUUACUCAACGACAUUCGAGAUCUCGAUCACAUCAUAAUCCCGCCAUCUCCGGUCAAGCUGCCGCAUGACCAUGAAGCAUGGAACGUUCAGUUGUUCCGAUCUAUAGACGGUGGAGCUGCAUUUGGUUUCCCUGAAAAACCCGAAGAUGCAGCUCGUGCCGGUUUGAUUAGCGGAAAAGAUAACAUAAUCGACCGGAGCAUUCAGGACGGUUACAUCAACGCCAUCCGUCGAGCGAAGAACUUCAUUUAUAUUGAAAACCAAUAUUUCCUCGGGAGCUCAUUCGACUGGAACUCGAACGACAUCAAAGACGAAGACAUCGCUGCGUUACAUUUAAUCCCGAAAGAACUUUCGCUCAAAAUCGUGAGCAAAAUCGAAGCUGGUGAGGACUUCAGGGUGUACAUCGUGUUGCCAAUGUGGCCGGAGGGUGAACCGGAAAGUGCAUCGGUGCAGGCCAUACUAGAUUGGCAGAGAAGAACCAUGAAGAUGAUGUACACCGAUAUCGUUCAUGCCCUCAAAGUGAAACGCAUCGUCGCCGACCCAAAGAACUAUUUGACCUUCUUUUGUCUCGGAAACCGGGAAAUCAAGAAAGACGGCGAGUAUAUACCUUCGGAGAAGCCGGAAAACGGUAGUAACUACAGUCGAGCUCAAGAAGCACGACGGUUCAUGAUAUAUGUGCAUGCCAAAAUGAUGAUCGUUGAUGAUGAGUACAUGAUCGUUGGAUCGGCGAACAUCAACCAAAGAUCGAUGGACGGAGCUCGAGAUUCCGAGAUAGCAAUGGGGGCGUUUCAACCUUGCCACCUAUCAAAACGACGACCGGCGAGGGGGCAGAUUCAUGGGUUCCGAAUGUCGUUGUGGUAUGAACAUAUGGGGUUUCUUGACGACUGUUUUUUAUGCCCUGAGAGCUUGAAUUGCAUCAGAAAGGUGAACCAGAUAUCGAUGAAAUAUUGGGAUCUGUAUUGUUCGGAGAAGUUGGAGCAUGAUUUGCCGGGGCAUUUGUUGAGUUAUCCGGUGGCGGUGACGGAGGACGGAGAUGUGACGGAGCUGCCCGGGACGGAGUUCUUCCCGGACACGAAGGCUAGGGUUCUUGGUAACUUGGUUGGUUAUUUGCCUCCGAUUCUAACCACUUGAGACAAAAGGGUUACAAGAAAGACAAAAUUACCCUUCCAUGGAACAAGAAACUACAAGGGUUGUUAUGAGUUUUGUAUAUGUUUAUGGGAUUUUUUUUGUAAUUUUAAUCCCCCUCGAAA